AGGCGGAAAAGAUCACCGAAUGGACGAUCCUCUAACAAUGAGAGUUUGCCAGACUCCUAUCUCUCCUUUGUCCUACCCACGCAAAUCCCGACGUUAAGAUUCAGUCAUUUCAUAGUCUUACCAGCUCAGUAUGCUUGAGCUUUGCCAUCUCGAUGUCGAUCUUACAUCAGCCCAGCCGAUCUGCACUGCUGGAAUCGGGAGGCGAACUUUCUCGAUGAAUUUCCGCCGCAAUUGUCAUGUCCUAUCCGGAUUAGUUGCUGUAAGUAUUUUCAAUCUCCGCAUAGGAAUUUGCAGGGCUGGCUACGUCAGAGUUUUCCUCUUGGACAUCCUGAACCUAGCCUGGAGACGUCAAACCAGGGGCCACCGAUCCACGAGUGACAUAAAAGUGGCGAACAAGCUCAGCCAGCCGGCGAUCCGAAACCUGGGUCCAACGCUGGGCAUCACGCGAGAGCCUAUUAACUAUGUGGUGCUAGCAGACCACGCGAUAUCAUUCGCCAUAGAGCCUCAACCUAAUAUCUCUUCGCGAUUCUCGUGGUUGGCAGCAUGGCAAAGAAACAAAGGGCCCAGCCAGACCACCGACAACAACUACUAAGGUAGCUUAGUGGCAACCGCCCGGCGAAUCGGUACGUACGGAGUACUUUGAACCGUAACUACUACUUGGGGCCUUUUCCGUCCCACUUCAUUUUAAUUCUCCUCCCAUGCUUCAAUGUUCAUCAUUCUGUGCUAUCAUCGCCGUAUGUAUGUAAUGAUGUAUACUCGUAGGUUAUCCUGCUUUAGGUCACAAGAUUCCCGCACCUUCUGCAUGAAUACCUUACCGAAAAGAGAAGAGAUCCAUCGGCAUCACAUGACCUCCG